AACACUCCAUUUCACCAACUAUAAAUACCAUGCCAAGAGUUUAGUAUUCUCACACUUCAACAUUCACAAAUCACAAGAGAUGGCUUGUAAGGUGCAGAAAAGGGUCUCACUGCGCAGAAGACUUCACAUUCUGCGAGUCCUUACCAACUCCAACAAUAAUGCCAACAGAAAUUCCAUUAACAAGAGUACUUUCCUACAAAUACACAAGCUAAAGCUUGCACUAGAAACUCUCAAAAGAGAGUAUGAAAACCUGAUAGCCACAAGAAGAGACUACAUUAGCUUGUUGAAUAAUGUCAAUGAUAACAAGGAUGUUAAAAUAGAGAAAAUAAGGGAAGGAACUUUUAUGGUAAAGGUCACAUGUGAGAAAGGAGGUGACAAGUUGGUUCCAAUUUUAGAAGCUUUUGAAGAGAUGUGUGUGAAUGUUGAGGAAGCAAGAGUUUCAUGUGAAAAUGGAUUUUCUAUGGAAGCUAUUAUUGUGGCUGAGGAUGAAAAUCUUGAUGUUAUAGAUGUUAAUGAAGCGCUUCUAAAAGCUAUUGGAAAGCAGAGUGGUGAAAAGGGUUCAGAAGAGCUUAACAACAGCAGUAAUUUGUGAAUUUUCAAGUACAAUAUUUAUAAAUGUGUAAUAAUAUUGUUGAAUGGUGACAUGAGAAUGAAUGAUAAAUAUUGUUUUGAAAGCUUGGAUUCAAUUUCACGUUUCUCAUCCUAAUUUAUGUUUGGUGUAACUUGAGAUGUAAUCAAUUGGUUUUGACAUGUUUGUGUCUUUUAGUACUAUUAA